AUGUCUAAGACAGCGGUGAAGAAGCUGCACUGGCGUUCCAAGGUGCAGGACAGCUUCGUCCCCUUGCUAGGCUCGUCGGGGGAACUGGGGAUCGCCAUUGGUGGAGGAGCAGAUUAUGGAGAGUUUCCUUUUGUCACGUCGGCUCCCGGGGGCGGACUCACAGUGGGUGAUAUCAUCCUUGAAAUUGGGGGGACACCUGUAUUAGGGAUGACAUUAGGAGAUGUCCGUGGUGUUCUCAACUCCUGCCCCCAUCCUAUCCGCAUUAAAACUGUGUCACCAGGCUCCACAUUGUGCAAGGAUCUCAGGUUGUAUCUGAGUAAGUGCUUCACACCUGGCUCAGUGGACAGCCAGCUUCAGCAGGUCAUCCGAGAGAACCUCUACCUCCGCGCUGUACCUUGUACAACGAGGCAGCCCAGAGACGGGGAAAUCUCAGGGGUGGACUACAACUUUGUCUCCAUUGAGGAGUUCUUCUCCUUGGAGGAGUCAGGAGCACUGCUUGAGAGUGGCAAGUUCAAAGGGAAUUACUACGGCACACCUCGGCCCGUUCACAUCAGCGCAGACAGCCCCCCCAUCACCUACCAGGAACACCGCAACCUGCUCAGAAACUUCCGCACACGCAGCAAAUCGCUCAGCAACCUGGAGAAGGCUGCAGAGGACGGAGAAAACAGCGAGGACGACUCCGGCCUCUCAGGAGGCUCUGCGGGCAUCAGCGGCAGCAUCCUUCCUACCCACCGCUCCCCUGGUCGGCCCCGGGCAUACAGCAACGGCGGGGAUGGUUGUGCCAUAGAGAACGGGAUCAUUGGCAUCAGAAGUGGUGCCAGGGUGAGAGCUGUGAUGCCUGAUCACUGGGAGCAGGCCUUCAGUGACCCAGGAGACUCUCAUUACAUAGAUCGCAACCCAAAGAGGACCAGCUGGCAGAGUCCUCGAGCCUCAAGCAGGGAGACCGUCUAUAAAAAUGAAUGGUUCACAGACCAGCCUGUGGAGCUGCGGGGUUUCCCUGUGCACACACACUUGACUAAGGGCUCCAGAGGGUUUGGUUUCAAUAUCGUGGGGGGCAGCAGGCCAAGAGAGUUCCUCCAGGUCUACAGUGUGACUGCAAGUGGACCUUCAGCACUCAAGACAGCGGACCUCCUGGUGUACAUCAAUGACGUCUGUGUGUUGGGAGUGUCUCACAAAGAGGUGGUAGAGAUGCUCAAGUCUGUGCCUGUGGGCCACAGCGUGGAUGUCGAGGUUAGAAGAGGCUAUCCCAUGCUCUACAACCCUGACGGUUGUCCCAAGCAGCCCCCGCCAAGGCUACUGGACAGCGGGGACCCCAUCCUACCACCCACCACCACCCAGCCUCAGCCUCUUCACCAGCUGCCUCGCCUCCCAACACCCACUCCCCGUACCCAGCAGCACUUUAACUUUAAUGGGGUCCACAGUGACGGAAGCUACAUGGAACCAGGGGUGACUCUAGAUGCAAAUGGAAAUGCAAUGUCUUUCGCCAUCAGACAGCCGCCCUCAUACAGACGCUCCAGCAUGAGCAAUGCCGCCUCUUCACCCCCCGUGCGCCCACCACGUUCCCUGAGAAGUUUAGCCAGGCUGCAGUCACUCGAUCAAACCCUGGCCAGCCAGAGUGACAGUGAAGUUGUCUCUGCGAUUGGUUCACACAGGGCAUCAAUGAUUCGUAAUCACAACAAUAACUCCCUCUCAGCACCCCCUCAUCCUUUACGUUACGGCACAUCCAAGUCGUCAGAGAGCGACCUGUCCACCUGCACCCUCUCGGGGUCACGGCUGCCCCUGCCUCAGUCGCCCAGGAGGCCGUCAUCCUCUCCCGGAGGCCCCCGCAGCGCUCACUCCCGCCUUUUUACACCGCAGACCUCGCACCUCAGACCCCCUCCCACCCCUGACAACCCCCAUCACCGCACCUUCAACGGUUUCCAUAGCAACACCAGCCCCACUGCGAGUCCCAGCAGUGUGUCCUCUCCUGGGGCGAUGAGUGUGGGCAGUGGACUUGGCAGCGGAGGCGAGCUGGUACCGGUGGCCUUGGCCCAGAUUGAAGGAGACAGAGGCCUCGGCUUCAGCGUUACGGCUGGUGGUCCGGGAGGCAGGAUAACUAUAGUGAAGAGAGUCUGGGACCGGAAGCAGUGCAACUCUCUGCAGCCAGGGGAUGCUAUUGUCAAAAUCAAUGGAGCUGAUGUCCAGAGUCUUAGCUUUGCACAGGUACAAACAGUCCUCCAAGAACACACCAAACAGGGAGAAGUCAUCUUAUUGGUUUACAGAGGAGGCGUCUGUCAUUCAGCCAUCUCCCCCGGCUCUAUUCGGAGACUUCCCCCGCCUCUUCUCCGCCCCCCUCCUCCACCUGUUGGCUCAGAUGACUCCAGUGUGCUCCCAGAAGCGUUGCCUAUGCCCCGCACUUCCAUCAGCACUCCUCCCUCCCCAGCCCCAACACAUUCCUCGCUGAUUCAGAGCACCAGUUUCCUGGAGUCGAUUCCGGUGACACUGACGAUGGAGCCCAAAGACUGGAUCAACACGGGCCUGGAGGAUGAGGCGGGUGGUGUCACAGUGCCUGAUUCAGGUGCAGUGAGGCAGGGUGGUGAACGAACUCGGCCACUACGAGGGUUUGAUGUGGAGCUCAGGAGAAAGCCGGGAGAGGGCUUUGGGUUCGUCAUUGCUUCUCAGGAUGUGGAGAAUGGCAAAGCUGCCUCUCUUCUCCCUCACCGGUUUGUGACGGUCCGUCGAGGCAGCCCAGCAGCCAAGAGUGGGCAGAUCCGGCCUGGAGAUCGACUGGAGGCGGUAGAAGGACACUCAGUGGUGACUCUGCCUCAUCGAGAGCUUGCUCAGAUACUUCGCAGAGUUGGAAAUACUCUACGGCUCACCAUUGUCCCCCGUCCAAGCACCUACACUUCUAGCCUUUCAGAAGCAAAUGAAUAUGACCCCGGUCACAAAAGCAGAAAAGGUCAGAGGUCACGUCCAAAGCGUGACUCCAGGUAUUACAGUGUGGACCUGGAUCGUGGACCCUCAGGCUUCGGCUUCAGCCUCCGAGGGGGCAGUGAGUACAACAUGGGCCUCUACGUCCUGGGACUGAUGGAGGGGGGACCAGCCUCACGGAGCCAGAAAAUGCAGGUGAGCGAUCAGCUUGUGGAGAUCAAUGGCGACAGUACAGCAGGGAUGACGCACAGCCAGGCCGUCGAGCAGAUCCGCAGGGGAGGCCACCGCAUCCACCUGGUGCUCAAGAGAGGAAACGGCUACGUGCCUGACUAUGUGGAGCUCUCCAGUUUGUCUCUAUGUAUGACCAACUCCAAGCUAGGCGAGCCUUGCUUCUAUGUCAUUGGACGGACAGAGAAUACGCGGCCGUGAGCACAGAAUCACCUCCCCCUCCCUCCUGCGUCACCCCAAGGAGCAGGGUUUGGCUGCAGUAGACUCCACUGGGCGGA